AGCCCGAUCCCUACGAGUUUUUUAAAUCCUCUUAGCAAUGUUAAAUUUAGGUUAUAUUUCCUUUUUAAAAACUUACAAUCAGUACAAUUUCAAUAAACAAUUAUACACCCUCUUACAAAAAUGUACAAAUACAACGUCUGUACGACAGGUAUCACAUAAAAACAAACCAACACCUCUAGCACCACUAACAUUCAAUGAGACCUUAAAUUAUAGACGAAACCAGGCAAAACGUAGCAUCUUAGUUCAAGUGCAAUCGAUGGAGUCCUAUAAGGAGCUCUAUUCGUAUAUUUCGACAUUGGGGAACGUUCAUGAAAUGCUGCACUAUGUGACUUCAACUGAUCAGUUGCAUUUUAUCAUCGUGGAAUUCGAUAAUGAAGAGCAAGUAUCUAAUAUAAUCCAGAACAGUUCCCACAUAAAUUCCGGCGAAAGCUUUCCGAUUCAUUCUAAUUUCUUAUGGUUUAAGGCAACAAAUCGUAAGAACUCCAAGUUAAAAAUACCAAAGAAUUUUAAGUUGGGAAUGGAAAAUGGAAAUCAAAUACCUUCGAAGAACGAAAUAUGCAAUUUACUGCUUGGACAGGAUAAUACGAAUCAUCAAAUUCAAACACUUCACGAUGUUACCAAGCUGAAUGACGUUGCGACACGAUUGAGGUUUUUAACCACGCGACAGGUUGAAUUGUCAGUGGCCGGUAUGUUUCCGAAUGCGGUUGCUUACCCGUUUGGCUCGUCGGUUAAUGGAUUUGGAAAGAUGGGUUGCGAUCUGGAUAUAGUUUUCAGACUUGCGGAGGAACAGACUAAAAGUGACAGUCGUCUAAUUUUCCACUGUAAAGCGAAUAACUUAUAUGAGAGAUCAAUAACGCAUAGGCACAUGGAAGUUGUCGGUGACGUGUUACAAUUGUUUCUACCUGGGUGUACACAAAUUAGAAAGAUCCUACAAGCCCGUGUUCCAAUUAUAAAAUAUUACCAGCAAUUUACCGACGUUGAGUGCGAUUUAUCAAUGAGUAAUAUGUCUGGCGUGUGCAUGUCUGAUCUUUUACAUCUCUAUGGCUCAAUCGAUGCACGUGUACGUCCGUUAGUCUUCACAGUACGGAAAUGGGCGCAAGAAGUGGGAAUUACUAACUCCUCUCCGGGCAGAUGGAUUUCCAAUUUCUCACUUACUUUACUAGUCUUGGCAUUUCUCCAGCAGCCAAACAAUGCUCCGCCAGUUCUGCCGUCGGUCCACCACGUCUUACAGCAAAUUGGACUUAAGUGUGAAAACGUGUUAGAAGAAACCCUACAAUUUUCCUUCUCGGAAAGCGGGAAAACCCUGAAAUUCAAAUCUUCCAACACUGACGACUUAGAAACGUUACUAAAACAAUUUUUCAAUUUUUAUUCUUCCUUCGACUUCUCUUCAAAAGCCAUAAGUUUAAAUGAAGCAAUUUCGAUCACAAAACCUGAAUACAGUCCCCUCUACAUAGUCAACCCACUGGAACGGGGACUGAACGUUAGUAAGAAUGUUAGCCUGGACGAACUGGAGAAAUUCAGAUAUGAGAUUAGGAAUGCCCUGUGGGUACUUGAAUCCAAUCAAGGAAAAAGUAAUUCGAAUUGGGGUUUAUUGGAAAUGUUCCAAACGAAGAGAAAGUCGUUUCAGUCCAACUACCAUUCUUUCAGACAUGAUCGGUUAAUGGAGGUUAGUAAGUUAUUUGAAGAAGAUUCGAAUGGUCAAGAAAAUUCAAAAGAAACCAAUAAAGACUCUUAUCAAUAUGAAAAAGCGAAUAGGUAGUAUUUGUUCUAACUUAAUAUUUGUACAUAAUAUUAAACAAAUAGCUCUUUUAACA